AUGGACGGCUUCGAGAUCAACACCAUGUCCUGGAACAACGUGUACCGGGACGGCGCUGUUGACGUGGCCGUGCAGCGCUCCGAGGGCAUCCUGCCCAUGGUGCCCAUGGACCACCAGUACGACCAGCGCUCGACGUUUGACGCCGAGACGUUUGCGGGCAGCGAAGACGCCUUCUCGACCUUCCACCUGCAACACGCGCCCGCCGCCCUGAAGCGCUUCUCCAGCACCUACGAGGACCCCUUCUCCGAGUCUCACAGCGUCUACGAGCAGUCGGUGCACCCCCACGACCACCAUGGCCAGCCCGAGAGCCCCAGCAUCGAGAGCAAUCACAAGCUGCUCAGCUUCUCGCUGCCCAGCGCGCCCUACGCCAUCCUCAGCUACGGCAUGCAGCGCGUGCACAUGACCAUGACCGCCCAGCUGCACGGCAUGUUCUUCCUCGCCGAGUCGCCCUGGGCAGCCGCCGGCGACGUGCAGACGUCGCCCACCGAGCUGACCUGCUACCGCCGCAACCUGUUCCAGAUCACCGGCUCCGUCACCCUGCCGCGCGCCCUGCAGCUCAUCAUGACCGACCAGGGCGACCAGAUCCCCAUCCUGGGCACCGAGCUCGCCAUCACCGCCACCGAGUCGCUCGAGGGCAACGCUGUCAAGAUCAUCUCCGUGCCCUGGAAGACGCCCGCCACCAGCAACGCCCCCGCAGAGGACAAGACGGAGAAGGAGCCGCCCACCUACCCGCUCGACCUGUCCACGGGCCAGGACAUGGACUCGGAAUACGUCAACUUCCCCAUCAGCUGGAAGCGCCUGCAGUUCCGCAUCGCCACCGCAAACAACGGCCGCCGCAAGGAGCUGCAGCAGCACUUUGUCGUGCGCCUCAAAGUCGUCGCCACACUAGCCACCGGUGCCAAGAUCCCCAUCUGCGAAGUCCACUCCGGCCCCAUCAUCGUCCGGGGCAGGAGCCCGCGCAACUUCCAGUCGCGCAAAGACAUGCCCAUCAGUGGCGGAGCUGCUGCUGCACGCAAGGCCCAUGUGUCGCAACAGCCCAGCCGGACCCCAACGGCCGACACCCACCCAAACAACCAGAGCCAUGCGCAGCCCCAGACCUCGAAGCCCAUGGACGUGCUGCAGAUGCCCUUCGACUUCAACGCAAACGACAUUCCCAUAUCUCCAGACUUCCUCGAAUGGAAAGUCCCAGGCGGAGGUGCCAUGACUGCCAUACCUCCAGACCCGCCCUCGUCGCAAAUGCCCCAUGCAACCCCCUAUGCGCACUCAACGCCAGAGAUUUCGAGGAGUGCGCCCCCGCCCCAGAGACCCUCGAUAGCUCCCGUCACACUGUCGUUGACAGAUGACGAGCCAAGGAAGGCACCGUCGCCCGGUGACCAAGGCCGCAAGCGAGCCACUCCUGUACGGCCACCAUCUUUCUCAAUUGGUGUCAUUGGCAGUCCUGACGAAAGCGCCGACCUGUUGUAUGAGUACUUUCCUCUAGGCCUCGACGACUGGAUGCCGCCUGUCGAUGCUGUGUACCGCCCACACGUAGUACACCAUACCAAUCUGCCGCAGGAUCCAAAGGCACUCGCUGUGCAGAACCGUUCAAAACGCUACUUCUCUGAUGCAUUUUGA